CAAGAACAUCAACAGGACACUCUUUUCCUUUCUAUACAUAAGCAAAUCCUCCAUUCAUCUCUAAACCAUCUGCUUCUAAAUUAUGCAUCACAAAACAAUAAUGACUUCCAAAUAUCUGCCCUUUUCCCUCUUAUAUUUGCUAUCUUGGAUCAUCACUUUUGGAAUAUGCCCAACAGUAGGAUUAUUAGCUAAGCUUGGAUGCAGCGACACUUGUGGCAGUGUUCGCAUCCCCUAUCCAUUUGGAAUUGGUCCUGGCUGCUCCCUCAACGAAUCAUACACCAUAAUCUGCGCUUCUUCCAAGCCAUAUCUGAGCAGCCUCAACCUGGAGGUGCUGAAAGUGUCGUUGCGCAACCUAACAGUAACUGUAAACACGCCAAUAACAGCUCCAUCCUGCAGCUCCGGAGCCCAGACAGGCGCUCUAAGCAGCUGGAGAUCGAAUAGCUCUGAUCUUGCGGGCACCCCUUUCUUUUACUCCAAAACAUACAACAAAUUGGUGCUUUUUGGAUGUGGAACUGCUGUCCUACUUAAUCAAAACAAUAACAAGAUUUUAUCGGGUUGUACUUCGAUCUGUAAAUCGGACACCCCUCCUCAACCAAUCAACAUUAACAGAACUUGCUACAAUUGUUGUGAAACAGCCAUUCCCUUCUAUCUUCCCAAAUACCAUCUAAAUUUUACAGCUUCAAGAUUCAAUCGUGGGACGAUCAGAAGCAGAAUUAAUGGAACCAGUAGCUGCUCUUCUGUGUUUUUGGUUGACCAAAGCUUAUCGCCGGUGACAUAUUCACAAUCCAUGCAUUCAGUUCCGGUUGUUUUGGCUUGGACUCUGGGAAGAGAUGAUGUCCAGGCCAUUUAUCCUUGCCCGUACAUAAUAACAUAUCUAGAAAUGGAGUCCGGUGAAAAUAUGGCAACAUUUCGUUGUACCACAUGCGGGACAGAGCCUGAAGAUAUAUAUAUCAACCCUUAUUUACAAAAAUUUCAAUGCGGCACAGUGUUCUUUGAAGGAUUCAAUUCGAAAUCCAGGAGGAAGCACUUGAAAGCAGCUCUUAUUGGUGUUUCCGCUGGCAUAGGCGUCUUAAUUUUCAUUGCUGCCAGUUUCACCUUGUACGAACUAGUAAAAAGGAGAAGGGACAAAAUGAUCAAAGAAAAAUUUUUCAAAAGAAAUGGUGGACUUUUAUUACAACAGCAGCUAUCUGCUGAUGAUAGAGUUAUCAACAAAACAAGGAUUUUCACUGCUAAAGAGUUGGACAAGGUCACUGAUCACUUCAAUGAAAAUCGAGUGCUCGGUCGAGGUGGCCAAGGUACUGUCUACAAAGGGAUGCUAGCAGAUGGAAAUCUUGCAGCAAUAAAGAAGUCUAAGAAGGUUGAUGGAAGCCAACUGGGGCAAUUUAUUAACGAGGUUGUCAUUCUGUCACAAGUCAAUCAUAGGAAUGUGGUGAAAUUACUGGGUUGUUGUUUGGAGACAGAGGUUCCUAUUCUGGUGUAUGAAUUUAUCCCGAAUGGAACCCUCGAUAGACUCAUUCACAAUGAUGAAGAGUUCCCCUUCACCUGGAGCUCGAGGUUGAAAAUAGCGGCAGAAGUAGCAGGGGCAUUGGCAUACCUACACUCUGCAAUUACAAUUCCUAUUUAUCAUCGAGAUAUCAAGUCGAGCAACAUACUCUUGGAUGAAAAAUACAUAGCUAAAGUGUCUGAUUUUGGGAUUUCGAAGUCUAUUUCAAUUGAUAAGACUCACCUAACUACUCAGGUGAGAGGUACUUUUGGCUAUUUGGAUCCAGAGUACUUCCAGUCGAGCCAAUUUACAGAGAAAAGUGAUGUUUAUAGCUUUGGGGUUGUUCUGGUUGAACUCUUGACUAGAAAAAAGCCGGUAUCAUUGUCAGGAUCAUUUGAAGAUAGUCACUUGGGCUUGGCAAAAAGGUUUUUGGUGAUGAUGGAUGAAAAUCGUCUCGCCAGCAUUCUUGAUCCACAAGUUCUAGAUCAGAGGAUUGAAGAAGAGGUCAUUGCUGUCGCUGAACUUGCUCAAAGAUGCCUAAACUUGAACGGGAAGGAAAGGCCUACCAUGAAAGAAGUGGCUACAGUGUUGGAAAACAUUAAACUGUCAGCAAAUCGUGCAAAUAUUCAAGUAAACUUUGAAACUCAAGGGUUCGAGAAGGGAGAAUCUGAAUCAGUUAUUUCUGUUACUAAUCCUUCAUGGACAACCGGAAGAUAACAUCACC